UCGAACGCCGCGAGCGAAACUCGUCGAAACGAAUAUCGAUAAACUAUACACUCUAUACAACCCUAGUGUAGUGCUGUACAAUAAAUAAGGGUGAAAUAACAAUUUAGUAUUAAUUAGGAGCCUGGAGUUUUAUAACGUUAUCAUUGCAAGAAGUUUGUAAUAAGUGAUGUCAAAUUGAUACUGUGUCGAAAUGAAUCGAAUGAACUUUUUUUUGUUGUGUGCAACACUCACUUGCAUCUAUACUGUUACGACUCAGGCCGGCAAGCUCGGCCGAGUCAAGAUCCCGGCAACUCGGUUCACCUGUCAAGGUCGCGCGUCGGGCUACUAUGCAGAUGUCGAUACUGGCUGCCAGAUCUACCACAUGUGCGAUGGCCUCGGGCGGCAGUUCAGCUACUCCUGUCCGAACACCACGCUGUUCCAACAACGAAUGCUGAUCUGUGAUCACUGGUAUAUGGUCAACUGUUCCAACUCGGAGGAUAAUUAUGAUGCCAAUCUGCUUAUAGGUCAAAGAGAUAAGCCGUUCGUGUCUGAUGAAGAGAUGCGACAACGGACCCCUCGGCCUGACAUACUAUCUGUUCCGCCGAAUAGUAAUUACUAUGAUGGUCUUAAGGAAUCUGAAACAAAGUUCUCAAUUCACCCCGGCAACAGCAUCGUCGGCAUAGCUGAUUCUCUAUCCAGCGCCAACAACAACGGUUUGGACAGCGACAAGCAAAACUACCGGCCACCUACAUCCUGGUCUACGGGCACCGGCGUACGGUCAACAACUCCUCGCUACAUAGACAAUGAUAACGAUGAUAUAUUAGCCCAACCUACAAGACAUACACCAGUCCAAGAAACCCCUAAAAUAAAACCACCGUCCAAAGAAUUGAACCCACCUUUCCUGCCGUCUCCAGGCUCAAAUGAUGGCGCUGGCCAAUUAGAUAUCAGAAUGGAACCAGAAGAUUCAGUAUACAAUUUUAUUAAACGCUUCGAUCCAAAUUCUCCCGACACACGUACUACCGGAACGUCCAUGACGCAAGCGGAGAUCUUAAAUCUCAACCAACAUUUACCAGCUGGACAAGCUAGUGCCGAAGAAGACAGAACUCCACGCAAGAACAAAAACAACGAUAAGAACUUUAACUUCGUCAAGCUGGAUAACAAGAAAGGAUCAAAAAUUGAAUCUAGAUUUGAUUCAGUAAAUUCCAAAGUGAAAUCACAGGACACGCAAACAACACAAACCACACCUUCCACACAACACAUACCAGAACCUUCUAGAGAUUUGCUGCCACCGAAAAAAGAUUUCCCAACACUGGGUAUGACCACUACAAUGGGACCACCAAUCUACUAUGAAUGGAAAUGGGCAGUACCUGCGCUGGAGCUCGAACCACCAAAGUUCAGUAACUUCACGAAUGUAACUAACGUUCCACAAAAAUCUCAAGGAAAACGACCAUUUAGCGCACCAAGAACUACGCCAGCGACUGUUGAUCUAACACCAAGCAACACAGAGUAUAAUAUUAGUUCUUACUUCGUACCAGACUACGUAUUUCCUUUAGACAAUCCUCACCCAGGUUACAGUGACGAUGAAGCACAGACUUCCUUCCAAGUUGAAGUAUCAAGGGCCGGGAGGUCUAGUUAUGGAGAAAACCCUAACUGUCCUCAAUGCCAUCCAGCCUAUCUUGAACCCGGUAAAUGCGAGCCUUGUGUAGUUAAACGGUAACACUGUUAGUAAAUUAUUUAUUCACAUACUUAGUUGUACGAGUCAUUAUAAUUUGUAUGAUUCACAUAAAUCCCUUGUCUUUACUAAACAGCGAACAUAAUAUGCUCAAUACCAAUUUAACGAAUGCAAGAUAGACGAGUAUCUUUAUAGAAGAUAAACAGAUGAAUUCGAGAAGGCUUAACACUGUGAUACACCGACAAUAAAAGCAAUGAAGAAUAAGGAGCCUUAUACAAUAGAUGAUAACGUUCACAAAUUGUUUAUGGCUUUCAAGAUUUUGUACACACCCUGCAGUAACGAUGGUAAUUUUGAAUACAAAACUUGAUCACAUCUUAAUUCCUUAACAUAGUAACACGCUAGAAUCGUUAUGUAAAUCGAUAAGGUUCAUUUAUAUCUACUUAAUUGUAUGAAAUAUAUUUAAUUAAUACAAUAUGUGAAUGUAUGAUCAAAUUGAUAAUCAAAUAAAACAAAAUAUAUGUAAUAAGAAUAAUUAUGAUUUUAUUGUGGUAUUCAACACAACAACACAUUUAAAAAUUGUUAUUUUUAUACAAUG